AUGACGGACACAGGACAGAAUGGGAUAUUCGUUCGAACGGUGCUGGAUCUUCGAAGAGAGUUGCAUGCGGAUAAGAGGAAUGGGUCUCAGACAAUACAUACAGUUAGAGUCAGUAAUCAAACUAUGCUUAUUGCGGUCAAGAGCAAAACACUAAUUUGUCAAUCCCUAUCAUGUUCGAGUAAACCGAAAGAAAUUAUUGUGCCUCUCACUGGCUCAGACACCAUGGAGUACUUACAUUUAUCUCCUACAGGCUUUCAUGCUCUGAUAUCCAGUAGAGCUGGGGAUAACUUCUACUAUAAUAUCAAAGAACAUAUAAUCAUACCAAUAAAAAAAUUGAAAGAUCAGAUAAGUGCGGUAGGAUGGAAUCCAGAAAAUUUCAAAGAAACUGAAACAGGUCCCAUCUUGUUAGGCUCUACAACUGGGGUUGUAUAUGAGACGAAUAUUUCUUCAAACGGAUAUGUGAACUACAUAAAAGACUUUCCUAAUGUAUUCAAUCGUAACAAUGCAUCCAAGCAAAAGAUUUGUGAAUUACAACUGUUCGUUGUCUCGGAUAGUGAACCUGGAAAAGCUAAAUGGGUUUUGUUGGUUUGCCAAUCUGACAUGCUCUACUCACUACGUGCAUCUAUCGGGCCACCUUUACGUAGCACUUAUUUGAGCUCUGCAAGUCUGCAGAACAUCCAAAGCUUUACUCUUUCUGAUCAAACUCAGCAUGUCUUUCAGCCUUUCUUCGAAAAAAAAAAUAUACGAGAAGAAGCUCUCCUAAUGCCUGAGAGCAGUAACGCUCCAAUCUCAACCGACCUUCUAGUUUUAUAUAGAAAGAGGGAGGAUUCAUCGAAGCCUUUCAAAUUCUUAUGGGUUGGUUCUUCAGGAUAUAUGGUUGGAAAGGUGAAUCUGUUCGCUGAGAAAAGCAGGGACAUUCUUGAAAAAGAGAAACACUUCGAACAUGGACGUGUUGAGGGAUUGAUUCUUCACCCUGUUGGAGCUUCUCUCACUGAGUUUCAUUUGGUACUAGCUUAUCCACACCGAAUGCUUGCUAUAUCUCUACAAAGCUAUGAAGUUGCUUUUGAGGAUGCAUUGCCCUCUGAACAUGGACAAUGUAUCGGCUUAACAUUCGACCAACUGGCCGAGUACCAUUGGCUUUACACUGCCACGGCGACGCUGAAAUACAGGCCUAAUGAUGAAGGGAGAUAUGCUUGGCGAUAUUUCUUGAACAAGGGUGAUUACGCCAAUGCUAUAUCAGUGUCCAAUGAACGAUUACACAUUGAUCCCGAUGCUCAUAGGCUAGUGUUGCGAAAACAAGCGGAUAAAUAUAUUGCCGAUAAGAAUUUUGUUGCCGCUGCCCUAGCUUUGAAUCAAUCAAAUGAACCUUUUGAAACUGUUGUUUCUAAGCUGCUAUCCGCCGAUGACGGUAAGCAGCUGGGGUUGCAAACAUUCCUUGAACAAAGACUCAUGUUGUUAUCUACUCCAGAGGAUAAAAUGAAGAGAGAUGUUCUCGUAAUGUGGAUCUUAGAUGUUCAACUAAGCCAAAUGGCAAAGUUACGAAGAGAAUCCGGAAGCGCUGAUGAAAUAAGAGAGUCUUAUGAUCAUCUCGAAAGAUUCCUGAACAAGAAAUUGAUCCAUGAAUCCGUUAAUUUUAAUCGUGAAGCAGCUUAUAGGUUGAUGAUAGCGCACGCGGACUUCGAUGCUCAGUUGUAUCUUUCCAAACAACUAAAAGACUAUCCUACCGUGAUUAGCAUUCUACUGAUGAGAGAACAGUACAAAGAAGUAUUGGACAUUCUCAUUAAAGAAAAUUCACCAGAAGCGUUUUAUGAUUACAGUUCUCAGCUAGUUGAGCACAUUCCAUUCGAUCUCUUCCGUCAUCUGAUUGAGAACGAACGAAUUCAGCCUAGCAGAAUGCUUCCUACCCUGUGUGAAUGUCAAAAACUUCCCAAAGUCGCCAAACAAGCUAUCCGGUACCUUGAAUGGGCAGUAACCCUUCCGAAGUAUUGUCGAGACUAUCCGUUGAACAAUCUACUGAUCUUACUCUACGCACAGUACAGUCCAACUAAGCUUCAUGAUUAUUUCGUAGAAAAUGGAAAAGAGAAAUCGUGUUUACCUUAUGACCUCGAAUUUGCUAUCCGGACUUGUGAGCAAUAUGGACAUGAUAAGUCAUUGGUUUUUCUAUAUUGUGUAUCCGAAUUAUUCAUGGAAGCGGUUGAGAAAGCUCUUCAGAUUAGCCUUGAUCUGGCAAAAACAUGUGCUAGUCACAUGGAACCAGAGUCCGAGUAUGAGUAUGAAGCUAUGGGUUUAGAACCACGUUAUUCGAAAGAUGAUAGGAAAAGGAUCUGGUUGAAAAUAGCCAAAUAUGUAAUUGAACGAGAGAAAGACGUCGCUAAGUGUAUAGACCUGUUGAAAGAAUCGAGGAACGCCUUGUCUAUUCAAGACAUCUUUCCGUACUUCCCAGAUUUCACUAAGAUUGAGCAUUUCAAAGAUGCCUUAUGUGACUGUUUGAAAGAUCACUCCAAAAACAUAUCGGAAAUCCAAUUGUCUCUCAAGGAAGCUACUCAAGUCGCCCAAGAUAUUCGAGAAAGGACAGAUCGCUUGAAGAAUAGAGUAACCAUUGUCAAAGUGGGUGAUGUUUGUGCUGUAUGCAAGCAUUCCUUGGCCGGAAGACCUUUUUACCCAUUCGAAUGUCGUCAUUUCUAUCAUCGCGAGUGCUUGGAAAGUUCAGCUGCGGUGUUCCUGAGCCCUAAAGAUCGUGAGAGAUUAGACCGGCUCGUGCUUGAAGAGAAACGUGCUCUGUACAAUAUUGAGGUGGCUGAACGUUCGGGUGGCAAAGGAGAUGCCGUGACAAAAUGCGAAACUCGUUUCCAAGAAAUUAUGAAGAGUUUGGACGAAUUAUUAGGGAACGAUUGUCCACUGUGUGGCAUGAACGCUAUAGAAUUAAUUGAUACUCCAUUGUUCACUGACGCUGAAUAUUUGGUCGACUUGGAAUCUUGGAGAAUUUCAAAGAAUGCUCUGUGA